UGCGAGGGACUGUCAGACGACGUGGCCGACGAAGUAUGGUGGGCAGUGCAAAUAAAGCGGUGAUAUUAUCUCGAGUUUCCGACAUGUCGCGCGGCGACAGGGCUCAAUAAAGCGGGCGCCCGGUUUUGCGAAUUGGACCCUUCGACCGCGCAUUUCCACGGUCGCGUCUCGAUCCCUCUCGUCUCGCGUUUGUCGCGCGCACGACGUUGCAACAUGGGUCUGUGCAAGUGUCCGAAGAGGAGGGUAACGAAUCAAUUUUGUUUCGAGCAUCGAGUCAACGUAUGCGAACACUGCAUGGUUACGGGACACCCGAAGUGUAUCGUACAGUCGUAUCUCCUGUGGCUCCACGAUCAUGAUUACAAUCCAAUUUGCACCCUAUGUUCGGACAAACUGAGCGACGGCGAUUGCAUAAGAUUGACGUGCUACCACAUGUACCACUGGGUGUGCCUGGACCGAUACGCCCGAGAUCUGCCGGCGACGACCGCGCCGGCGGGAUACACCUGUCCCACGUGUAGAGUGUGCAUCUUUCCGCAGCCGAAACUGGUGUCGCCAGUCGCGGACGUUCUGAGGGAGAAAUUGGCCGCUGUCAACUGGGCCCGGGCUGGUCUCGGUUUGCCAUUGCUGAGUGACGACAGGGAACAAAAGCCGGAACAGGAGCGUCCUUCGUCGUCGAUAACUGUGGAGAACUCCAUGUUCCAAAAUCACACAGCGGCUACACCGUCGUCGCCCACAGUCGCCGUGUCUCGUACAAGCAGCACCAUAAAUUCGAAUUCCAUCGUCAGCAACGUACACGCGAACAGUCAAAAGCUCGGCCCGCCCUAUUCGGUCGUGAAUAUCGACUCGUCCCUAGGACUGUCCGCUCCGGCAUCGAGGAAGGUGUGCGAGGCCUACGACGAUCCGAAGGACGUGUCCUUCGACCACGACGAGAAUAAGUAUCAGCGCAAGUCGGCUGUGGAAUGGUUCCGAAGAUGGUGGAAACUGAUAUCGAGGGCGCCCGUACGGCGGAAAACCGCGGGAUCUCUGUACAAGAGAUACGCCGUGUUGACCGUUAUCGGUGUAUUGUUCUUCGUUGGGAUUAUCCUGCUCUUUUCGUGGCUGGGCAGAAUGGCGACCGACGGCGAUCUGAGUUUCGACGUGAAAGCGAAUCCUAAUUUGAAAUUCGAGAAGUCGGUAAUUUAAUGUACUGUGCGCAUCACGCGCGACCACAAUUCGUCGAUUCGUCAUGAGGUACGAAUGAAUAAAUGCAAUCUCUGGAAAUGCGAGGGACGUGGCAGUCGUGAAUAUGUAACUGGAACGCAAUUGCAAUACGUGAAAAAGCACAACUUUGUGGGACAGUAGGACAUUUAUUAUAAGCUUAGUGUAACGUUUGUUAAUUUUUAUGUAAAUUAUAUCUCACAGCGAAGUUGUACAUUUAAAUCUGUAAAGGCUUGUCGAUUUAUAUAAUCUAUGAAACCAUUGUAUGAAAACUAUCAUAUUAAAAACUUGUUUUCUUAUCCAUAUAU